AUGUACCGUUAUCGCCGCUUUGUGUGUGGCCUCGCCGGGCUCGUCCACCGCACCGCCGGGCGCCGUCUCGUGACUGGCGGAGGCGGCAAGCCCAACGACAAGGCAAGCGGCUCGGAAGGAAGCAACGAUGGCGACGCCUACGGCAGCAGCAGUGAUAUUCCGCCCGGCAUUGACGCGCAAAAGCUGCGGGCAAUGCAGGAGAUGAUCCGCAGCCAACCGCUCGAGAAGCAGGUGGAGAUGAUGAAGAAGGCGCUGGAGUUUCAAAAGGCACUUGGCAGGAUCCCCGGGGUGGGGAAACUUGCUCAGAAAAACAUCGAGGUGAUGGAGCACCUCGUGAAGACCGUGGAGAACCAACACCGGCACAUGCAGCAAAAUAAUCCUCAGGACGCACCGAAACCCCCAGAAUUUAGCGACACCAAAAGUGGACUUUUCACCGGGAAAAAUAACACAUUUAGCGGUUUGUUUCAGGCGGCAAAUGCGGCCGCCGCUAAUGCCGUUGCCGCUGGUGGUAGUGGUGGCGGUAGAGAGAGCCGUCAGGGCUCUUCCGGUCCCACCAUUGACGAGCUGAAGAAAGUCAAUUUAGGUCCAGAGAUAGAGGAGCUCUUUGCGGAGCUAGCAUCGAUGCGGGCAAAGAAAAACUCGUACCGGGAAAAACUUCACGCAAAGGAGGAGGAGUGUGAAAAGUUACAGAAGGAACUUUUGCAGAUGCGUGAAACCGACGCGAGUCUCCGCACAAAACUAAGAAAGGUGGAGCAGGAAGUGGUACUUCUCAACUCAGAGAACAUGGAGCUAAAAGAGCAUGAGAAGGAAUGGCGGCAGGCGCGGAAAAAGAAUGAGUUGCUCACGGACACGGUGCAAAAACUACAGAAGAGCGACGCCGCACAGGACCGACACCGUAGUGACAUGCUACAAACUCAACUCAAGGAGAGGGAAGAAAACUUACGCUCUCUCCAGCGAAAACUGGAACGACUUCGCCGUCGUGACCCUCUUUUGAAGUUCUCACGACUCUGCAGCGAUGUCGUACGGAUGUGUGACACCGAGCGUGACUCCGCAAAGGAACUUUCCGAUGGUGCGUUUGCUUCACUGCAGUCGUGUUAUGAGCGGGAACAGGAUGCGGCGUGGAAAACGGCUGCCAUGCAAGAAGGUGCAGGGGCAAAUGUGUAUGUGGCAGUUGUACGCCGCCUAUUUUUAAGCCGCUUGCCACACGUCAAUUACGAUGCCCUUGUAAAUGUUGAGGGGGACGUUGCCGUGUUGAAGAGUUUUGUUGAGGAGUCGGGUUAUGAGCUACAACACGUAACGGCUGAGCGGUAUGUCAUUGCUGCGCCCGCUGCUGCCACUUCUUCGCCAACGUUUAUUGGACCUUAUGGUGUAGGCGUGGCACUUUUCCUUUCGGGGAAAAUGGAUGAAAGUACAUAUAGGCUCCCUUUUAAGCUCACGGCCGUGUGCCCGAAUGUGAGCACGACGCUCUUUAGCAACGCACACCGCGCCACUGUACAUUACGACACGGCACGCUCGAGUGGGCCUGGUGGUCAGGCAGCAAACGUAACGGAGACUCAAAUCAUUGCUAAAUUAUUAAUUGAUGGCGAGUUGGCGUAUGUGGCGGAGGCACAAGACUCUCGCAGCGCUCUCAGCAACCGUGAGGCGGCGAUGGAAAGGUUGAGCAAGGUUAGACGACAACAGUACAACGAGCAAUUGGCGAAACAGCAUCGAGCAGAACGGGUGGAGCGGCAACUUGUGCAGAUGAUUGCGGAACAUCUAAAAAUGAACAGUGACACAAGUGCCGAAUUGAUGACGACCGAUGGAAUUGUAGAUAUGGUGCGCACCGCAGUGGAGAAGGGGUACGUGUCUCGGGCGGAUCUUUACCUGGUGUACGGCCUGCAAUACUUGAGCCGAGCGGCAACAAGUGCUUCCGUGUCUACGUGA